AUGGCGAUGAACGCAUCUAUUUUCUUCUUGGGUUUUAUUCCGGUGGUAACUCUUGUACAUGUUUUAUCAUGUGUACCCUUAUUUGAGUUGUAUCACUGGAGCCCAUUCAAGCCUGAUGUAUCAGAUUAUUAUGCGGCUGGUCUCUCAGGUUUACUUCUGCCUCUUCUAAUUCGUGCCCUAAAGCGAUUAGGUGAGGAUGGUGGAAAUUACAAGAGGAUUUUUGUUCCAUUGGCAGAACAAGUAGUCAGGAUGUUGUGUGUGGUUUAUAUUUCGAGUGAUGGCAUAUUGAAGUGGGAACCUUUGUUAAUUUUCUUUUUCAAUUAUGGGCUAAUUGAGAUAAUAAUCAAGCUGUAUCAGACGUGCCCUUUGGGGUAUCAAAGAAGAUAUCGUAGGUUUUUGAAUUACUACAACAUGUUUAAGAGAUAUGAGGCACUAGAUGAAAUAUCUCAUUCUUGUCGCAGCGACUAUAAGAGAAUAUUUGAGAACGCUAUUUGUGACUUUGAUGAUUCAAAGAGAGACUCCGUUGGCUCUUUCAACUCUGAAGAAACCCUUGUCUCAAAGGUCUCGUUCAGAGAGCUUCCCUCUACCUUCAACCUCAAGGAUGAUUGUGCUACUAACGAAGACACCUCACCAAGUUCCCCUUUACUAAUUGCGAGUAAUCAUGAUCAUUUGUGUCACAAUCUAGUAGAGAGGUUAUAUUCAGUGAGUCCCAAAAAUACCUAUCAUUUAGAUCAUAAAGCUGCUUGUGUCAUAGUGAAUGAUGCCGAUAAUUCAACUGAUCGAAGUUCUAAUGAUUCAGUUGAAGGUAUCAAUUGCAAUUCUUUAUGCGAUGAGCUGGAACAUAGCUCUAAUUCACAAUACGAAAUUCUGAUAUCUCUGAAAACUAGAUUUGGUGGUGGCGGUGGUGGUGGUUUCAAAUACAAGAUGCCGAACGGUUCAACUUUAAAACUCGGUGGCGGUGGUGGAUUUGACUAUCAGCAUUCAGAUUGCUCAGGAGAUGAAGUCUCUGAUUCAGAAGAGGAAUUUGCUGAAAGAGGUUAUCGCUGGCUUUUACCUAACUUAAUAUUGCACGGUGAAUUCCGCAGGAAAGCUUAUAAGAAACCCACAGAGUCCUCGCAUUUACUCACUCAAAAACUAUCUAGCUACACCCUAAGUUCUUCUAAGCAGACUGAUAUAAUAUCCUUGGGUGGUGAUUUGGAGUCACAAGGUCGACCCCUGACCACCUCGGACAGGUUCAGCAAGUUUAAAGAUUUCAUAUGUUCUCACUUGGACCAAGACCAAAAUAUUCAAUUAAACAUUGAUCCUUUUUUCAAGAGAUUCAGUUUUUUAACGAUAGAAGUGUCUUCGAUUUACGCUUUCAUUGCAUUAUUCAAUAAUAUGAUAUGGAAUUGGAUGAGUUUUGUGAUGAUUGUCGCUUUUUUCACCACGCAUAAAAGUUGCUUUAUAAUGAUUUUUGUUGCCUUAACGUUCUUACAGAUUACGGAGUUGUAUUAUUUGAAUAGAUGCAUCAGGGCGUUUAAAGUCAAUUUAAUUUUGCAACUUAUCCUCAAUAUAAUAUUUGCAUCAACCACAUAUUUGAGUGUUCUUUUCUUGUCUUAA